AUGUUGGAUCGACUUUAUGAAAAUAGGUGCCCAGUAUCAAAUGUCUUUGCUGAUCGCACAGUUACUACAGCAGCAAUGGCACAAAAGUUCGAAGUAACCGAGAACCAAUGGGCAGCUAUAGAAACUAUAGUUAAAUUACUUAAGCCUCUACAAGUAAUUACAACUGUAUUUUGUGGUGAAAAGUAUUGUUCAAUUUCAAUGGUCAGGCCUCUCCUUAACAUUGUUAUAGAAAAGCAUUUACAGCCUCAGAUAAAUGACGAUGAAAUUGCUCAAAAUUUCAAAUACAUUGUAAUACAAGAAUUAAAAGACCGUUUCAAGUUAAACUGGAAUCCUUCUAGUGUUGUGUCUGCUCGACAAAUUGCAUCUUUUCUCGACCGAAGAUACAAAGAUUUAGAACACGAGGCAGCAGAUGCAAGAGAAGAAAUUCGAACCCGAGUCAAGAGUUUGUUAGAUGUUAUAAGUGAACAUGAUGACGAUAUGCAAAUUCAAACAUCUGAGACAAAAAAUAGCUUCGGGGGACUUGCGUUUCUAUACGGUGAUAAGGGCAACUGUAAGGCUAGGAUUAGUGCUCGACCGACGGUCAGCGCUGACGUCAGUCGAGCGUAG